GGCGAAUCCGGAGGCGGCCGCAGGGCGCAUGAAUUUCCGUCGGCGCGGGGGUGGUUAGUUCGGUGCCCGUAUAACAGGUGGCCGAUUCAUUUGGCGAGCGGCGGCCGGGCAGGCUGGCUGGCUGGAGGGUGGAGGCUGACGCUGGCGGAAAAUCAAUAGAAGAUGACAACACCUGUGGAGAAGGCCAAGUGCGUCCUGUGGCUCGAGUCCACGCAGUCGGUGAGCACGGUGCAGCGCAGGUACCAGGCGCAGUACGGCAAGACGCCACCUUCGAGGGCGUGCGUCUACGCGUGGUACAAGAAGUUCUCGGAGACGGGCUGCCUGUGCCCGAAGAGCACCGCCAGCAGACCCGGAAGCGUCAGCGACGAAACGGUCGAGAAGGUGCGCAGCGCGUUCGCCGCCAGCCCGGACAUGUCGACGCGCAGGGCCAGCAGGGAGCUCGGUGUCCCGCCGGCCACCAUCACCAAAAUCAUGCGCUCCAACACGCACCGCGAGCCCCGCAUCAGGCGCUACCGCUACCAGAUCGGCCGCGACCUCGACGACGACCCGCUCAAAAGGCUGCUCUUUAUCAAGGAGAUCCCCGCGCCCAUCGACGCCUGGCUCGAGAAGGUCGUCUUCAGCGGCGAGAUGAGCUUCUUCUUGAGCGGAGAGGUUUCCCGGAAGGAACUGUGCAUCUUCGGCAGCGACAAGUCGCAGGACGUGUCCGAUAUCGAAGAACCGGAGAGUGACAAACUAACCGUCUUCUGCGCGAUCUCGCGGGCCAAGGUUUUCGGGCCGUUCUUCCUGACGGACGACGCGCCCGAGUUUUUCUACCAACGCCUGUUCGAGGAGAGCCUGCUGCCGCAGCUGAGCAGGGACGGCCUGCCCGAGGGUGCGUACCUGCAGGUGGACCUGCCCCUGAGCCGCUUCUCGGACGGGCUGCGCAACCUGCUGGACACGCGCCUGUCCGACCACUGGAUCGGGCCCGUGUCGGACUCGAUGCCGCCGUGGCCGCAGCGCUCGCCGGAAAUGUCGCCGCUCGACUUCUUCCUGUGGGGCUUCGUGCACGACUACGUCUACGACUCUGGACCGGUGGCGUCAGUGGCCGAGCUGCGACACCGCAUCGCCAGGGCCGUGUCCUCCGUGCCCGAGUCUCUGCUCGCGCAGGCCUGGGACAAACUCAACGCCCAGUACGAGGCGUGCAAGAGAAAUAGGGGACACCGUCCGGAAUAACGGGCCGCUCCUAUCCCAAUCCGAAGCAAUUGUUUGGUUUGACCCGAGCCCAUCGAUAUCAAGAUUUGUAAAUGGGGAAACCGUGACUGAUUUAUCGCAUGUAUGAAAUAAUGCGCCUGCCAAUUAUUUUAAUGAACGCGCGGCCCUCUAGUAUAUAAUAAGCAAAAACCUUGAUUUCCACACUUUUAUUUUCCGACUUUAAAAAUAGCUUCCAGCCUCUUACUACGAACUUCACUUAAAACAACUACAACAAGGGAAUAUUUUAAAAAUAUUGUUUGCGAAUUAACAAAACGCCUAUCAUCAGUCAAAUAAUAAUAAAUAAGAUAAUAUGAGUUGGAUCUUUAAGAUCACGGGGAGGAUAUUCUAUGAAAUUAAUGGCAUUAAAAAUGUGUUUUGAAUUUAGUCUUGACGGUAACUAUAUCUAAAAUCUAUAAAUUUACUGUUUCCCAAAAUUAUAAAUUUUGCUGUUCAAUUAUAAAUCCUAACAACACGCGAAAAAACUUCAAUAACCUACAGAGUCAAAACAUGAAAAAUUCCGUAUUUUGAACUAUCAAUGUUUCCUUGCACCUUGGAAUUUCUCUUUGACAAACUGUGCCAAACAUAAAAAAUUUCCGUCUCCCUCGUUCUUUGAAUUGAAUUGGCUAAAAUGGAAGAGCCUAAUUUUCCAAAACCGAAUUCAAAGAGAGGCCAAACGGGUGCUCGACCUUUAGAACCCUUAGCGCAGGAGCCUAAAAUGCGACUUCGUCAAACUUGUAAUGAAUAUUUUAAACUCCCGCCGUUAUUUCUCAACACAUAUUUUGAAAAACUGAAAAAAUGCAUUACCUGACGGGAAGUGAGACAGGAACAGUUGUGACUCGUGAUCUUGGGUUUCUCUGUACUGCACGGGCGCUCCUCCGAGGGAAUCGUCCAGUUCCACGGACAGUAUAGCGGCAGCGCCGGCUUCAUCCUGUUUUUGAGCAGAGAAAAUCGCGGGCGAAUUGAAAACAAAAUACUAUUUUUCUACCAAAGGAUGAUUGAUACACGAUAAUGACCAAAUUGAAGCCAUCAAUAAAACUUAAAAAGGUUAAAAUUCCAAUAAAGAGGAAGGAAAGCAGCAGUGGCGAAUAAAAAAGUAAUACGCUAUUUCAUGAAGGGAACUUUUACAACCAUUUUUGAAAUCUUUACUCUCUUGUGGUAUACAUCAUACCUCUUAUGAAAAAAAGAAUCAAUUCAAACUCCAUACUGUGUUCUCUCUAUAUAUAUUUUGUGUGGAAUUUUACGGGCUACUUGUAACUAAAAUUAUGGUUGUCUGCUUGAAAAGUGGGCACGAUGAAGAAACUAUAUCUCAGCAUGUUCAGUGUCGAUACAUGUUCAAUGUAUUGUGUGCUUUGUGUCCAGCAAAUACAAAAUAAAACGUCGCUCAGUUGUCCAGCCUUUCAAAAAAUGUCCCGAGUAAAUAUGAUUACGGAAAUGAGAUGAAUCAAAAUCUGAAUUUGUGUUUACGCGUUGAAAUGUGCUACCCUGAAAGGCUUGACUGUUUGUUGAAGUGAAGAGAAACGCAAAUAAUCAAAAUUUCUUGACUCAAUGUUCAACGAAUUUUCAUUUCGCAUGCGAGACUUUGUAUAAUAUUAUUACGGAGUAUUUGUGUGAAUAAUUUUAAAGAGCUGCUGAAAACGUGAAUCGUUUCCAACUGAAUCAAAUAAAAUUAUAUUUGAAGCGAAGCAAACUACUCGAUUUUGUCUUUUACUUACUUGGGAAGUUUCGUUUCCGAGCCAGAAAUGAAUGUCCCAGCUCAAAGACCCCUUAACAUUCUUGGU